AUGAACAUCGAUGGCUGGUCAUCCGUUCCUCAAGCCUACUCCACUGUUGACCGCCUUUUGGACGACGUCUUUAUGCACAUGGCAACUUGCGACUUCUCUACCUAUCCUCCAGAAAAAUCACAGGCUCCAAAGGCCAUGGUGGAUACACUUGUUGAAAAGUCUAGCCCCGCGAAAAAUAAGCGAGCGAGUGUUGGGCGCAGAAAGACUCUCUUGGACGAUGGAGUAUAUCGCCGAAGGCUUACGGAUCAGAAUGCAGUAAAACCUGGUCUCUCGAAGAUGAGCCAUUCUCAAAAAAAUCAACGUCCCGUAAGCUGGCAUUCAACUCCGCUUGUUACUCAACAAUUGCAAGAUUCGCCCACCUUUACAGGUUCAAGCUGUGACGGUAGCACUCCCUACUCAUAUUCGCAUAACAUGCCUACCGCUACAUCAUUCAGUCAAACACCACCACACAUCUACGACACAUGUUCUACUAUGUCCAACAUCAAAUACCAGACGUCUACCUAUCCAUAUCAGGACGCCGCUCCUUUUUUCCCUUUUACUCCGGUAUAUCCACAUAGUCAGCCGUACGAGGUCAUACAGCAGCCUGGUAGUUGCGAUUCAUGCCUACCCCUCACGACAGAUGCACUUCAUCCUUUUCAGAUCAACUGGGCAAAUUUCCCCUUUCAAAAUAUGGAUCACCUCGUGACAACGCCUCCUACUCCUCAUGACCUGAAUCCACAUCAACAAGUGUUUCCCUUUCCACAAGAGGAUAUACUCUCGCCCAACCAGCACACCCUAUCGGACGAGGAUAAUGGCGGUGAAGAGCUUAUCGGGAUGGGACUCUACGACAACCCAGAACCAUGUAAAACUGUGUCCUCAGAUCUAUCUUUUGAUGAUUAUCAAUCGUGUUUCAUGUCACACUUUACUGGAAACAGACGUGGCCAAUUUCUAUGUUCACCCGGAAAAGGUCUCAAGCUUGAGGAAACUUGGAGCCCACCUUCUGACAAUGAUGAGGAUGAUAUCGGAGAUACGAGCGAUGAGGGACAGGAUGACGAUGUUAUCAGUGAUGCUGGUCAGGAUGAUGAGGAAAUGGUUGCCGUGGCUGUAAACGGUGUGCUAUCCCCAGCAAUGUCUCAGGCCGGGCGGUCAUAUUUUUCCCCUCAGGGCUGGACAUAG